UGCCGUAUACUUAUACAUUAAGUCAAAGUGAACAAAAUGUCCUCUACCAUUUUGUAAAUAACUACAUAGAUUUUUAGAUAUUAAUUAAAAAAGAUCUGUGCAUUAUUGUGUACAAUCAUGUAUAACAAUUUUCUUUUAUUAAUAACUAAAAAUUCACGCGCGCGUAAUUAUUUGCAAAAUGAUAAAGGGAAUUUUUGUUAAAUUUGACCUAAUAGAAGCAUGUAACAACAUACAUCGCUACUAUUGAUUUACCAUAUCGCGCGUGAUUAUUCACUAAUCUUUCUUAUAAUUAAUAUCUUGACUAUUAUUGCGAAUAUCGCAAAACGAUAUAGGACUCUUAUGUUCACUUUAGCCCGUUCUAUAUUCCUACAAAAAAUUGCGGAGGAAAGUAUGGGAUACUUUGUAUUAAAGUGACUUUGAAUUUACGAAAAUAUGUGAGAGUGUGCACUGCAAAAAAAUACAGCGCAUUACAUAAGUAAUAAUUGCAAAAUUGCACAAUUAAUAGGUGGAAAUUUACUAAAAAUUAGCAAAUUUUCGCUAUUUGUUGCGUAAUUGUACACUUGUUAUUUAUGUAAAUUUACAUACUUUACACAGCGUGUUUCAAUAAAACAGAAAAUUAAAAUUAUACAUUCGAGCUUUUAUUUGCAGCAGCUCGAAUAUGGUGCAGUCUAAACGGGCUUUAAGGCACGUUAGUUAUGUCGCGACGGUGCUGACAACGCACGACGGCGACGACAGCGACGUUAGCGACUUGAAACCAAAGACUAUCUUAAAAAAUGACUCAACGCGAACGAAAUUCGUCGAGCGCAUUCAAUCGGCUUCUUCAGUUCGUCUUCUCGUCCCGAGCCAAGAGGUUCGUUUGUGUCUCGAUGAGCUCUCUUCACUUCGCACGCCGCAACACUCCGUCAUCGAUCGCGUCGAUGAUCGUGAUGAUUCCAGGCUCGCGCUUCGUUAUUGGCAACGAUCGGCUGACCAGUGACGCUGAGUGCGACGAUGAAAAUGCCGAUCCCGUGGUUUCCACGUCCGCAGGUGUCGUCUCUUCGUCGCCGUCCAGUCGGGAGAAGUCGCUUGCGCGAUCGAUCGGACAGGUUUCUAAAAGGAAACCAUUUGUCGCGACGACGGAUGGGGCGAGACAUGUUUGCGAGUAUUCGGAAAUAUGGGACAUCCUCCGGGAGAUAUCGUGUACCUUGGAUAUCAGACGGCCGGUUGUCGGCUCGGUAACCAGUUUGCAACUCAACUGUCACUCUCUGUUGUCACGGGCAACACCCACUAUCCGGACUAUCUACACCGGGAGUAUCGAUACAAAUCGAUAUCGAUCCUGUGCGAGAGCGCAGGCGCAACAAUAUCAAACAGGAAGUAUCACUUUUAUACCAACUAUUGUGUCCAAUAGAACAAUGAAAACUAAUAUUUUUUAAACACUUUGAAUAUCUUAUUAAGUAACUAAAUUAUUUAUGAGAAGUUAAUAUAUUGGUUUGGCUCAAUCCAAAUGUAAAAUGAAGAUCAGAAAGAAUAUUGAUAUAAUUUUGGAUAUCCCACUUAGCCUCACAGCACAUAAAUAUUGCCAUAAGGUUAUUAUAGCAACCUUAAAUUGUAAGAUGGUAACAUUACACGGAGGUUAAUAAACCUAUCACUAACCUUCUAAUAACAUGAAAAUGUUCGUCCAUGCUCAUUCCAUUAACAUUACAGAAACCUUAUACAGAACAUUAUAUUAAAGUUAAUAUAAUAUAUGUCUAGAA